UGAUAGAGAACGAAGACAAGGCUCCUAUAAUCGAAGACCUACCCGAGACAAUCGAUGUAAUUAUUCUCGAUCCAGAAACAAAUCCUAGCAACCUUAUACCCCAAAUGGUGUGUUUUAUUGAGACCUGUAUUCCUUAUAAAGAAUACACCCUAACUUCUGAAACAGCU